AUGAAGUCAAAGUACGAUGCCCUGUUCGACGAGCCAAGCAGCUCGCUCAAGUCCGCCAAUCAGAUUAACCGAGGGUCUGCCCAGAAUGAAGAAAAUGCAGCGUAUCCGAACAAUAGCCUGAACAACAUUUAUGGGAAAAUAGUUAAAAUAAGGAAAGAGCUAGAAAAAUCGUACAAUUUGUUUUACUCAUACAAUUUAAUUGUGUCCAACGGAGGGGAAGGUAACGUCAACCCUGGGAGGAAUUACGCAGAUGUGUACCAACGAAAUGACCCUUUAAAAAUAAAUGCAAAUGCGAAAAAUAAUUUAACCCUAAACAAAAUAAACGCUCUCACAAAUUCCUUUUUUAUGAAUGUUGAAACGUUGAGAAAUACCUACUCUUUUCUUGGCACAAAUAAUAUGAACGGUCAGGCAAUGAUGAGUGACGAAAACGUCAUAUGGGAGAGAAGAAUUGAGACGUUAACGAAUGAAGCAAACUCCUACAUUAAAACACUGGAUGGAAUUUACAAAACUAAUUUGAACAAUACGGAAAGGAACGCCCGUAAUGCAUAUAACGAACGGGAUGGUUUGACUGGUAACAGUCUGCACAGAGACGGGAAAAAGGCGAAGAAGAAAAUGGGUGCAGACUCCGCCAUCGGUUAUCUACACAGUGAGAGGGAAAUCCUGAAGGAGGUGGAAAACAACCUUAACGUCUUUCACGUCCAGGGAAUGAGUACAUUAGAAUUAAUCAGGAAACAAAACAAAUUUUUGAAAAAUGUUCGCAAGAAAGUAAUUGAUAUUUACAACUAUGUUGGCUUGUCGUCUUCCCUAACCGACGCUAUCAAGAAGACGCACAAGCAGAAUUUGAUCAUCGUCCUCGUGGGCAUGGUUCUUAGCUUACUCUUUUUUUACGUCCUUUAUAAAUACGUCCGGGGCUGA